AUGUCACCGCUCUCGCCAGCCGCGGGGAGCAGCAGCAGCAGCACAGCGGUCAUCACGCCCGGAGUCGACACUCAAACAUCCUCAUCCCGCUCGACCUCCUCGGCUAGGCGGAAGGGGAAGGGCAAGCAGCGCGAGGAAAGUGCGCGCGACGCGUACACAGACGAGUCUGAUGGGGAGGCGACGGUGGUGAAGCGGAGGGAUAGCCGGAAGAAGUCAUGGCAGCGAGUAAAAGUUGAAGAAGACGCAGACUGUAUGUUGUCCAUCUUCUUUCCUCUCCGCUUGUCGCCUACACUCGGCGGGCAGGGACUGAUCCGUUCAGAUCAACCACAUCAUGACCAGCAAGCCCGCUCGAAAGGCAAAAAGCGGUAUCGACCGCCCUCAUCCACUCGCUCUGUAUCUCCAACCCCUUCCACCUCAUCCAUCUUUACCGCCCAUUUACGCCAGUACGACCUCACGCCCGCUCCCACGCCGCGCCGUCGGUCUAAACGGCCGCUAUUACCCCAGUCAUCUCAAAUAUCUGUACCCUCAACCCUACACACCGGCGACGGCCCGGUCUCGCCCCGUCGGCGAGGCAAAAGACGAGUGAUGGAAUGUGUGGAGAUACCAUACAACGCGGAGCUCAAGCGUCGCAUUGCGUCCGGGGCGUACAAGGAUUGGCCGGAGCCCGGACCGAUGGCUAUCAAUCCGGCGUCGUCUGACCUCUCCGAAGAGGAAGAGGAUAGGGUGAUGGAGAGGGGGAAAUCAGCGGUAUACGACGCGCAGGAGCAGGAUACAGGCCCAGAGGCGGAGAUGGGAAGUGGACAGAAGGGUGAUCUGGUGAAUGAUGAGGACGUGGAAGAAGGCGGACAGGAGACGGAUAUAGCGGAGGAAGAGGACGAAGUGGAGAUGGUGGUUCAGGUUGAGCCAAGCUCCACACCCCCUGCGGACGAGCUCGCAAUUCGGGCGAGCCCCGGAUUUGACGACGGCGCGGAGAAACCUACGGUCGACGCGUGCGAUAUGGAUGGGGAGGAUGACGCUGGACGAGUCCCGGAUGCUGAGAGCUGCUCAGACGCGGAUGGGCGAGACAGGAGAGAGGAGGAGCUUCCGCUUCCGCCUCAGGGCGCCGAAGCCGCAAAGGGCGGGGACGAUGAGAUUGUGGACGAGGCGGGUAGCGUGUGCGAGGCGGACGGCCUGGGCGCAACCAGUCCGGACGCGACCGAGGCAGAUGGCGUCAUCAUCGUGGUCGAGGCGGUCCGGAAUAACCAGCCAGGCACCAACGGGGGCUACGGUAGCGAAGCCGACGCUGAAGGUGAGACGGACACAGAAGACGUCAACGGCCAGGUCGAGGCAGACGAUGAGCGGGACCUGGAGGUCAAUGGGGAGCUCACGACUGUUGUAACGGAGGAUGCUCAAGGCGGAUUGGCUGGAGCUGCGGCGGAUAGGAAAUCUGUCGGGACAGGCGUUGCCCCGCGUCUGGAGACGGAGCUUCUUCCAGUAGAGCAGUCGGAGCUGGAAGCGGAGUCAGAGACAGGCGUUGUGGUUGAUCCGGAUGUGGACGCGGAGGAGAUGCCAAGGGUACCGCCGGAUGAAGCCGACUUCAUUCCGAGGGAGAAGUCAAAGACGGAAUCGGAGGGCGAAAAUCAUGCGCCGGCCGCCCAGGUCGUGGAGACGGGCGAAGCGCAAGCGGUCCGGCCGGACGAAGUCGACUUUGCCAUCGUCGUCGAAAUCCACGAUAAUGACCAGGAAGAACAACACGUCCUGGCAGAACCGGAACCGGCGGACGACCCGGAUUUUGCGGACGAAAACACGUCCGAGGGGUUCAGAGACGUCCUGCUGGAUACGGUGAUAGCUGUCGCAUGGCACCCGGAGCCGGCAGUGAAACAGGAGGCGCUCGAGCAGGUAGCUCAGCAGGCGGUUGCGGAUUUGGGUAGAGCAGUAGGACACGACAGCAAACCCCUCCCAUCAAUCACAUCCAGCUCUUGGUGCCACCACUGUCGUCGGAAGACCGAUGAUCCCAAGAUGCUCUGCAACAAGGCGCUUCGCCGGGGGAAGAAAUGUUUGAUGCAAUACUGCAAAUCUUGCUGCAAACGAUACGACUUCACUUUCGAGCUUCAUUCCACAUCAUUUGUCUGCCCGCGCUGUACCGAUACUUGCAUCUGCUCGAAAUGCCUCAAGAAGCGGGGCCUACCUCCAGUGGGCGCCAAGCCCAAAGGUCGCGGGAGUCAGGCGUCGCGAUCACGGACAUGGGCUAGUCCCAGUCCGUCUGAGACGCAGGAGUGGGAAGAUUCAGGCGCGGAAGAGGCGGUUUCGAUCACGUCAUCGGUCGAGCUGGCUUCGACCUAUGGGGAGGAGACAAUCGUUGCCGAGCGGGCCAGAGCAAGUGGGAGUCAGGCGGUUAUAGGCGUAAAGGGAAAGGGGCGGCCGAACGGGACGGCGGCAUGGGCAAAGGAGAGGAGGGCGAGUAAGCCGGAGAAGCCGACCACUCCUCACAGUGGUGCCAAGCCAAAGACAACGAUAUACUCGCCCAUCAUCCUUAGGCUUCGUAUGCCUAAGCACGGCAAGCAAUCCCCUCCAGGAGCAAAGCGCGUCAAGGAGGUCGAUUCGGACGGGGACACGGUCGGAGGGUACUCGUCUGCCGAGGACGCACCGAGUGCGGCCGGGUCGAGCAUGUCGAGUAAUCGGUCGCCCUUCCCAAACUCCAUCCGUCCUCCACACGACUGUUCGCCUACGGUCAUGGUCAAAAAGGCGGCUCCGCUGAGUACAAACGAGUACUUGUCCACUCUCGCUGGCCCCGUCGAUGGGGAGGGGGACGACAGAUUCUCCUCCUUCGCGUUCGGGGCAUCGUCACAACCGGAUCUCGCAGAUGACGAGGUCGACGGUUUCGUCUUUCCCCUCGAGGGAGAAGACGACCACCUCUUCCCUGACACGCCUUGGUCAACGGGCCCUAGCAAGGCAUCAUCCUGCACCAUCCCAACCCUCGCCGCAGAGUCUAACCCCCUUGCCAGCCAAGCACGGAUCGCCCUAUCGGCGGGAUACUUCCCCGCGGGUCAUCGUCGACCCUCUCCAAGCGAAGCCCCUUCAUCAUCACCCAUCCUGGCCGUCCCGCUUCUCUAUAGCAAUGGGGAACCGGAACUCGGCAGUCCAUCCUAUCCCUCUUCUCCCGCCGAGUCCGAACUUGGCGAUAUCCCCUCUCUCGACGCUUGUACCAAUAACGACAUUCCAACGUAUAGCCAGAUCAAAGCAUCCACAUACAUACCCCACUCGGCUCCCACGACCGUCCCCACCAUAUCACCCUUCCGCACGACAUCAGCAUUUGCGCACACAUUUCCGGUUCCCCCGCAGCCGUGGGUCCCAACGUCUGCCCAGACAAACCCUUACAUCGUCAACCCUCCACGUACCGACCCGGUACCGUCUCCAUCAUCGGCUCGGCGGUCGGGUACAGCCUGUGCAAGUCUACCUCAGGCUUUGCAAGGGAACGGCCUUCCCGCCAUGUGGGGGUGGAUGAUGGACACUCCACUCCCGCCGUCGCAGCACGAGAUGCCGGUGUCCUCUCGUCAUCCUCUGCUGGGGGACCGCCGCGCGGCUCCGUUAUCCGUCUCAAUACAUCCAGUCGGAACCAUCACUCCGGCUGUCCUCAGUCCCAAGCGCGUAUUGGCGGAGCCGACUGUUUGGGUCAGGAAGGGGAAGAAGGUCUGGGUGGGCGCAGAGGUGGGGACGGACGGGAGAGUACCUGGGAGGGGACGGGCAUCAAUUCAUACUGUAACACCAUAG